CCUAUUGGAAAGCCCUGGGAAAGGAGCUCCCGGCGGAUACCAGUCUCCCUGCGGCGAGGCAGGGGCGGGGCUAGUUGCUAAGAAGCUGCGUUUCCGCUAAUCAUCUGCCCUGCUCCCAGUGGGCGGGGCGCGGCUCGCAGCGUCUGUGGUUACCCGGGUGGCGGCAAAGGAGGAGGCAAAAGGCGGUGAGAGGCCGGCGAUCGGGUUGAGGGCGGUAGAGACGCAUUAGGGGUCUCGAUCGGCUAGAGGAAGAGGAGGGCGGUUAGAGGAGAAGAGCUUCCCUUACUCCAGCGGAAAGGAUGAGAGAAAAUGACUGCUGGUUCAGUGUGUGUCCCUCAGAUCAUACCACUACGAGUACCUCAGCCUGGAAAAGCUAAUCAUGAAAUUGAUAACAAUACACUUUUGGAAAUGAAAUCAGACACCCCAGAUGUCAACAUAUAUUAUACUCUGGAUGGCAGCAAACCUGAAUUUCUAAAGAGAGUUGGUUAUGGUGAAAAUAACACAUUUAAGUAUAUAAAACCUAUUACUCUGCCUGAUGGAAAAAUACAAGUUAAAGCUAUUGCUGUGUCAAAAGACUGCCGACAGAGUGGCAUUGUGACAAAGGUGUUUCAGGUAGACUAUGAACCACCAAAUAUAGUCUCUCCUGAAGACAAUGUUGAAAAUGUUCUCAAAGAUUCUUCAAAACAGGAAUUCAAAAAUGGAUUUGUUGGAUCAAAACUAAAGAAGAAAUAUAAGAACUCUGAAGAUCAACGCAGCUGGAAUGUUAACAUUAGAAAGUUUCCAGACCUCCAGGUAGGUGAAAGAACUGACCCUAAAACUUUGAAAGAUCUUCGCUUCUCAGAGAGUCCACUGGAAAUCCCAGCUUACGGUGAAGGAUCAGGUUCUAGACCACCCACCCACCAGUCCCAGGUAACUUCUAAGGACAAUAGCCACAAAGCCCAGGCCAGAGGACCCAACCUGGGAAGGCCUGCUUGCAAGGCCCGCUUAACAAAGGGCAGCCAACCCUUCAUAGAAGAUUGCCUCUCCCAGUCUUCUGGAAAGAAUGGUUCUCUGGUUAUCAAAUGGGCUGAAGAGCACACUCAAAUCCAGUGGGCAGUGCACACUGACAUGACCCAAAUACUGCUUCAGAGGUGUGCCCACUGCCUUGCCCCCCGCCCAUCAGAUCCCUUCGCUCGCUUCUGUCAAGAAUGUGGCUCACCUGUCCCACCCAUAUUUGGCUGUCGUCUCCCACCCCCGAAAGGAGCUCAGAUGGGCUUAUGUGCAGAAUGCAGAAGCUUGGUACCCAUGAACACUCCCAUCUGCGUGGUGUGCGAGGCCCCUCUUGCUCUACAGCUGCAGCCACAGGCAAGCCUCCAUUUGAAGGAGAAGGUAAUUUGCCGGGCCUGUGGUACAGGAAAUCCUGCUCACCUGAGAUACUGUGUCACAUGUGAGGGGGCCCUGCCUUCAUCACAAGAGUCGCUGUGCAGUGGGGAUAAAGCCCCUCCUCCGCCCACUCAGAAAGGGGGGACCAUUUCCUGCUCCAGAUGUGGUCGCUGGAAUCUCUGGGAGGCGUCCUUCUGCGGCUGGUGUGGCGCCAUGCUUGGCAUUCCUGCUGGCUGCUCUGUUUGCCCUAAAUGUGGGGCCAGCAAUCACCUGUCUGCCCGAUUCUGUGGCUCCUGUGGUAUUUGUGUGAAGUCCUGGGUGAGGCUCAGCAUGGACAGAGGCCUGGCUCUAGCUGCUGAGGAGCCUCGCCCUUUUUCCGAGCCCCGAUGUGCCUGGCAGUCUCUGAUUCCUUUGCCCAGAUCUGAUGCUGGGACUAAGAGGGACAUAGGCACACAGACUGUGGGCCUGUUCUACCCAUCCAGCAAGCUGCUAGCAAAAAAGGAACUGGAAAUAGUCUCUCAAAAACAGAGGCAGGAGAAAAUGAGUGACCACAAACCCCUUCUCACAGCCAUCAGCCCAGGAAGAGGGUACUGGAGAAGACAGUUGGAUCAUAUCUCUGCUCACCUCAGGUGUUAUGCUCAGAACAACCCUGAAUUCCGGGCCUUGAUUGCAGAACCCAGGAUGGGAAAGCUUAUCUCUGCUACUGUCCACGAAGAUGGUUGUGAAGUUAGCAUCAGACUGAAUUAUAUUCAAGUCUCAAACAAGAACCUUUACCUGAACAAGGCGGUGAAUUUCAGCGACCACCUUCUGAACAGUGCUGCUGAGGGUGAUGGGGGGCUGUGCGGCAGCAGGUCCAGCUGGGUGAGUGACUACAGCCAGACCACCUCAGAUACUAUUGAAAAAGUCAAAAGAAUAAGGAAUUUCAAGACCAAAGCAUUUCAAGAAAAGAAGGAGCAGCUUGUACCUGAAAACAGACUCCUGCUGAAGGAAGUUGGACCCACAGGGGAAGGAAGAGUCUCUGUGAUUGAACAGUUGCUGGAUGAAGGAGCAGACCCCAACUGCUGUGAUGAAGACGAUCGACCCGUCAUAACAGUGGCUGUUAUGAAUAAGCACCAUGAAGCGAUUCCAGUUCUCGUGCAGAGAGGAGCAGACAUUGACCAGCAGUGGGGGCUGCUCAGAAAUACAGCUCUUCAUGAAGCAACUCUGCUUGGUCUUGCAGGAAAAGAGAGCAUCGCCACUUUACUGGGAUGCAAUGCAAGCAUCCGAAAGAAGAAUACAAGAGGCCAGACAGCGUACGACCUGGCUCUAAACACUGGAGAUGACCUCAUCGCCUCACUCUUUGCUGCCAAGUUUGGCCAAGGGCCCGAGGACCAACUCGCCCAAACUAGGAGCCUCAGCCGGGAUGACUGUUAGACCUGAGACCUCCACGGGGCUUCAUUUAAGAAUAGGUACAGCUCUGGCUAUUCUUCAGUCGUGUCUUUCUGAAAUGUGUAUUUGAGAUUAGAAAUUGAGGUUGAGAGGAACUCAUGAGAUUAUUAUUAUUUUUAAUCGUAUGACAGUAUAAGUCAUCAGUACUAAAUGGACAGCUCCCAGUAUACUGUGGACUGUGAUAAAAUGAAUGUAUGUUUUUUAAUGGUUUAUUGCUGCUGUUUUUCUUUGUAUUUGAUUUUUAGUUUUUAACUUAUUUUUCAGUAGAUAAUAAUUGCACAUGGUUCAAAGCUAAAAGGUAUGAAGUAUUAUGUAGGGAUGUGUCCCUCCCAUCCUGUCCCACAGCUACCACUUCCCUCCUCAGUCACCAGUGACACCAGUGUUGACUUCUCUUUCCAGAGAUCAUGCAGAGUUAGAUAUGCACAUACAUGUGGUGUAAGCACACGUACAUAAGACUACACAUAGAAUCUAAACAUGUGUAUAGCACAUAUAUAUUCUUUAGCCUCUGUUAAAACAAAUAGUACCAAACCAGCCACACACUGUUCUUCAUCCUCUUUUUGCUUGAUACAUCUUGUAGGUGCUUCUAAUUAGUAUGUAAAGAUUGAUCUUAUUUAAAUUUUUUUUGUCUGUGGAAAUCAUCAAUAUUCCCAUCAUUAUGGUUUGUUUUUUGGUUGACACAUCGGUUCUCAAUAAACCACUUGCAGGAAUGUGUAAUUUUGACUCA